AACAUAGAGUUCGGGGGAAGGACCCUCGGGGCGUGGGGGCCUUCUUUUUCUUUUUCAGUUAAUACUUAUCACAAAAAAUUUAUUGAAAAAAUUGUUUAAUAGACACAAUUUGAAUAUAGAUAAGGGGUUUAAUAGGUUAUGCCCUCAGUUGAGGUGCCUAAAUGAAAAAUGUUUGACAAAUUCAAGAGGCCACAUAUGUAUUAGGCCUUUCUGGUAUAAUAUGCAAUUUCUGGGAAACCCGCAAACACACACAAUGCACAAGUCAAGUCAACAAAUUAUAAAUAGUCGCUUUCUGCUUUGAACACACUGUUUAUCUAUUCUUUUGAAAAUUUUCUAGUAAAAUUUGCUCUGAUAAUCUUGAUUAUUGAUAAAAUUUAGUUACUGCUCAUGGAUGGUGUAACUUUACUUUUCCUUCUCAUUCUUGUAGCUAUUUUAGAUGGAUUUUCCUGUGCGCAAACUAGUUCUAUUUAUUCAGGCAUUCAUUGCAUUGAGAGUGAAAAAAAUGCUCUUAUCAAGUUCAGGCAAGGUUUCAAGAAUCCAUCACGGAGCAUGUUGUCUUGGAUGCUCGAGGAGAACUGCUGCAGGUGGGAAGGUGUUGAAUGCGACAACACAACCGGGCAUGUGAUCACUCUUGAUCUGCGCAAGCAAUUGUUGCAAGGUGAGUCCGGGAUUUUUUUGCCUGACUUACCCUAUUUAAGACACUUAGACCUGAGCCAAAAUGAUUUCCGCGGGGCACAGAUUCCUGAGUUUAUUUCCACUUUGAAGAACCUAGAGUAUCUCAAUUUGUCAAAUUCCAAGUUUAGAGGAACAAUUCCUGAAUAUCUUGGGAAUCUGUCACGCUUGCAGUUUCUUGAUCUCUGUCACGCUUGCAGUUUCUUGAUCUCAGUGGUGAUUCUUCACUCCAGGCCAAUAACCUUCAAUGGCUUCAGCACCUCUUCUCUAUGA